UUCUUGUGAUGCGUGCACGGAUAACAUUUCAAUAAACUUGAACCUUCGUCUUUAAACGUACACAAAAAAGAAAACAAGUACUUUUCCUCGAAAUCAAACAAAAACUUCAAAGUACGAAAUCGAAAUGAAAGUAAAACGAUCUCACUCUAGUGGCCGAUCGCGGCGCUCCCGUCGUGAUUCGUCGAGCUCCUCCACCAGCAGUCGAAGCAGCAGUUCCGGCUCGAGCAGAUCUUCCUCCUCCAGCAGCAGCAGCAGCAGUGGUAGCAGUCCGGACCGGAAGCGGUCGAAAAAGCCUCAAAGAUGAAUCUUCCAAAAGGAGCAGCAGCGCAAGCUGAAGAAACUUCAAAAGAAAGAGGCCAAACGGGAACGAAAGCUGGCCAAGGCCCAGCGCAAGGCGCUCAAGAAGCAGCAGAAAGAGGAACGCAAAGCGGAAAAGCGCCGCCGGAAGGAGCUAAAGAGGCAAAAGCGCCCGACGGACGCCACCUGCAGCAGCAGCACGGUCGAUUGUGGCGUGCCGCUGGAUUUGAUGAACACCCGGGCGCGCGCUCCGGAAACACGCGAAGAGUACGAGGCGCGGCAGGCGAUUGUGCGGCGCGUUCUGGAUCCGGAAACGGGCCGGUCUCGGCUGGUUAAGGGCGACGGGGAGAUUAUCGAGGAGUGCGUCAGCCGGGAACGGCACAUGGACAUUAACAGGCAGGCUACCGCCGGGGACGGGGCCGAGUUUCAGCGCAAGAGCGUCGGGUGGAAUGUCGGGUGAGGGCGGUAAUAAAGUUGGUUGAGGUUUAA